ACCAAAAGGUAAAGAAAUUAAAGAGGCAACGACGACGUACCACGCCGCCGCCCCCUUCCUCCUCCCUGACGACGGCGAGCAUCGGCGGAGGGGCCGUCUUUGCGCGGGUAGACUCCUUCUUGGACAUGGCGAGAGCGUGGGCCUCCGUUUGGCCUAUCCUGAAGGGCUGCAUCACCGGCGGUCUGAUCGGCGUUACCGUCGCCGACCGGUACGCCUCCAUGGUCGCCGUGGAUGGCGCAUCCAUGUACCCCACCUUCGAACCCCAGCCGACCGAACGCGUGCUUGUGGAGAGGCUCUGCCUCGGCCGCUACGACUUCUCCCGCGGCGACGUCGUCGUCUUCCAGUCGCCGAGGAACCACCGGGAACUGGCAGUGAAGAGAUUGAUUGCGCUGCCCGGCGACUGGAUCCAGGUCCCGGAGAAGCAGGAGAUCCGGAAGAUCCCUGAGGGCCACUGCUGGGUUGAAGGGGACAAUGCCGGCUUCAGCUGGGACUCCAGAGGCUAUGGCCCUGUUCCUCUGGGUCUGAUGUACGGGAGGGUCACACACGUAGUAUGGCCACCCCAUAGAAUUGGUCAAGUUGACAGAAAAAUGCCAGAAGGAAGGAUUAUGCCGCGAUGACCUUUUGGAGUAUCUUGUUCGGUGGGUUAUCCUGCACUCUUUUUCCAUCGCAGGGAAGGACACCACUACGAAAUAAGAUUGACUGAAGCCCCAAGAUGUACUGCACUGUACUGUUGAAGGCUGUGCACUAACGGAUAUGAUUCUGUCGAUGACAGUGAGAAUUUUAUAUCUGGUUGCAAAUCAAUCCUCCUGUCAGAAUCAAUCGUUAUGAUACAACACUGAAAUCUUCUCAUUCCGUUAAGAGGAAAAGUAUUUACAUCUGGUCAGCAUACACUACGAUUUCCUGAAAUUGCCUUUUGAUAUAAAUUGUGCAGAAAAAGUACUCAUGAGCACUUUGAAGAAGACAUUGUGCUGGUUUCAGCUUAAUUAGUUCUGUAACAAUUGAGAGAUCAGUCAGAACGUGAAGAUUAUAAAUAUCAGUUGAUAAAAAUUAAUCUGACCAACUGAAACAGUGGAUGCCUAUCUCGUUGGAAUGAGAUGGGACGAUAUCCCGUGCAACUUUAUAUUAUUCAUCAU